AUGGACAACGAGUCUAGCUCUCAAAAUCUGCAGCAUGAAGAGUACCCUGAGGCGCCAGCGGCAUCUCGAUCUCUAUCAGGAAACCUUGAGUAUUUGAAACUGUACCCAGAGCUUACUGCCGAAAGCUCCUCGGAAGGCGAGAUCACGUCCUUUCGAAAGGAUUCAGAGGAAUCUCUUUCCCCGUCAAAAAUUAUCAAGGCUUCGGGUGAAAGUUCUUUCACAUCAAGAAGAACUUUAAAUUGGAGCGAAAUUUCUUCUAGAUUGAAGAAACGCAAGGCUCUCGGCGAUUCUACUUCCAUUUUCAUAAACGGGACGGCUCUACACAAGAGAACUAUCUCAAAGAGCAUAGAAGCACCAGGAAAAGCUCGGUCCAUGUCGGGAUCCUUCGAGUAUUCAAGCUCAGGUGAAAAUCCGAAUAUUCAAAUCUCAGCGCAAGGCGACAUCACAGUCACUGUUGGAUAUGAGCAGCUUGGCGGCGAUAAAGCUUCCAGUUCCGUCCUGGUAAUAAAGGAAUGGAGAGGUAUCAAUAAAAAUGGGAUUGGAACACGAGAGCAUGGCUUUAGGAACAUCUUCCAAGGACAUACUUCCACAGUUUUUGAAGUCGAUGCCGUGGUAACCAGGGAAAAUGCUGGUACAGACGGGGUAGGGGGGAGUUUUAUGACCAAGCUUGCCGUGAAACAAUUAAAGAAAGAAAUAAGCUCAAAAAGAUUUGACGAAGAGUAUCAAAGUUUAUACGCAGUGUCUCGCGUACAUCACCCCAACAUUGUUACAUUCCUAGGUGGCUUUCUGUAUGGAGACGACAAUACGGUCAGCCGCAACUUUCUUUUCCCGAUGGCUAUCGGAGACAUGAAGCAGUUUAUUUGUGGAUCUAUCAAUCACAGUGCGCUCUCGCAAUUCUCGGGCACAUUGUGGGCACAGUUUGAAGGCCUUGCAAGUGCCAUCCAAUUUCUACAUGACCGAUAUCACAUGCUUGCCGACUUUGGUAUAGCAAAGAAAAAUACUGUGGACUCUGAAAAGAUCCGAAAAUUGCUUCGUUACGAGGAUGUUUGGAAGCUGGGUAUUGCUUUUGCUGAGCUUUUGACCUAUCUCGGGGGAAGCACGGUAGGUGUCAAGCAGUUUUAUAAAUGCAUUCUAUUCAAAUAUGAUGAGGAUACUCCUUAUAAUGAGAAUAUCGUCAAGUUAGAUAUCAUGGCGUGGCUGAGGUGGACGUUGAGAGAUCAACCUUGGGGGAAAGAGGUGACCGAAAUUACAUUGAGGAUGUUGGGAACUCGAGAUGAAUGCCCUUCCGCUGCCGAAGUUUCAAGAUUUUUGGCCAAUUCGAGUAGUGCUUGUUUCUUUGAUGGCAGACGCUUUGUACACUUUGAAAAUACAGAUAGCAUCCCGAAACCGUCGAUAUUGGACAAGACAAGAUCGUUCAUCGAGCAAAGAUUCGGUGCCUUGGCUCCGCAUCACUCGACGAAAAAUGGGCCCCAGUCGUCGGAUUUAAGCAGUGGAGCCAUUACUACACCUUCAGCUUCACCAAGCCCUCAGGCCCAGGUGAAAGAACUGUACUGGUGUGUCGACAAGGCCUGGGUUGAGCCGUCAGAGACUUGGCUUUGCAUUGAGGACCCGCAUCAAAUUGCAGAAGACCGGAUUCUUUGCACAAAAUUGAAGGCUUCGUACGAUCGUAUCAGAGGCCUUCGAGGACGAUACCUGUCAUGGAAAACUUGUCUGGGCAUCAAGUUCACUAGCUUCAAUCGGCUCUACACAGGGAAAAGCCAGGUCAUUUGUAUGUCAGUGGGACUUCCCAAGCCACCGGGAUAUGAAUACGUCCUAUCCCAGCCUGAGCUCGUUCACAUGGCGAUUGCUUCCGAGCAGAUACUAGCUGGCAUACAUGAUCCGUCAAAGGUUGUAGGCAAUGACACCUUGGAAAUGAUACCGAAGAAAGUUGACCCUCUAUUGCAACCACACAAAGGAGCAGAAGGCUGGGGAUUACACGCCGUUCAGGGCUGGUCAAUGUGGAAAAUUGUUCUGUGGAUGGGUGCACUCACCGUGGUUGGGCUGCUAUUUGUGGUAUUGUGGCUAGUACUGGUUGAUUCAAAAGAUUUGCAAAAUGCGUUCACCCCUGGAAUGUUUCUAGUAGCAAUGCUAUGCCUGGCGCUUGGUGUCCCGCAAUUUCUGGACGCUGCUUAG